UGAUACUCACCAUUCAGCACUCAGGGGCUACACCAUCAUGAGACUGUCUGCCCACUUCUCCUGCCUCCUGGUCCUGUUGGUAGCAGGCCUCAGAGAUGCCCUCCAGACCCAGGAUGUACAUCCCCAGCCACUGGAGCUGAUAGAGGUCUUCAAGCUAUUCCAGAUCCACUUCAACCGAAGUUACUCAAACCCAGCAGAGUAUGCUCACCGUCUGGAUAUCUUUGCCCACAACCUGGCCCAGGCUCAGCAACUGCAGGAAGAAGACUUGGGCACAGCAGAGUUUGGGGUGACUCCAUUCAGUGACCUCACAGAGGAAGAAUUUGGCCAGCUCUAUGGGAAUCAGAAGGCAGCUAAAAUGAAUCCUGGGAUGGGCAUAAAGGCGGAGCCUGAAAAAUGGAGGAAACCAGUGCCCUCCACCUGUGACUGGCGCAAGGCAGCUGGCAUCAUCUCACCUAUCAAGAAUCAGGAAAACUGCAAGUGCUGCUGGGCUAUGGCAGCAGCUGGCAACAUUGAGGCCCUGUGGAGCAUCAACUACUGGCCUGUGGAAAUCUCUGUGCAGGAGAUGCUUGACUGUGCCCGCUGUGGAGAUGGCUGUGAGGGUGGCUUUGUGUGGGAUGCGUAUGUAACUGUCCUCAACCAGAGCGGUGUGGCUAGUGAAAAGGAUUACCCAUUUGAAGGGCAGGCCAAACUCCAUAGGUGUCUGGCCAAGAAGUACAAGACAGUGGCCUGGAUCCAGGAUUUCAUCAUGCUGCCCAGCGAUGAGCAGGAAAUUGCUAGUUACUUGGCCACCCAUGGCCCCAUCACGGUGACAAUCAACAUGAAGAUGUUACAGCAUUACCAGAAGGGUGUGCUCAAGGCCAAACCCACCAUGUGUGACCCCCAGCAUGUGGACCAUUGUGUCCUACUGGUGGGUUUUGGCAAGAGCAGUAUAGAAGAGGACAUACGAGUGGAGACAGUCUCUUCCCGGUCUCACCGUCCCACCCCAUACUGGAUUGUGAAAAACUCCUGGGGGGCCAACUGGGGUGAAGAGGGUUACUUCAGGCUGUACCGGGGGGCCAAUACGUGUGGCAUUACCAAGUACCCACUCACAGCCCGUGUGAACCAACAAGUUGAGCAGCAAGUCUCCUGCCCUUCCUGAGGCCAGCAUUGCCCCUCAGCCUCUCCCACAUGCCAGCUACCUUACUUGCCUAACCCACCCUUAAGGCUUGUCUGCUUCUUUGCUGUGUGGUUUGAAUAAAUCAAGGUUCAAGUAGACUCAACUGGGUUGUGGGAGGGGAGUGUCAUGAGCCAGUCCCUGAGGGGCAGUGUGUACAUCCUCA